AUGACGCUAUCCCCUCGCAAUGCAAAUCGCCUCGCUCUCGCGCUCUCUCUCUUCUUCUUCUCUUGCGAGAAAAAUGUCUCUCUCUCUCUCUCUCUCUCUCUGUGGUACCACAUUCACCGCGACGCCGGAUGUCCGCAGCAGGGUUGGAGCCCGCUGAUGCGCUACCUCGCCCCUCGAGCCGCUUUGCCGCUGCACAUGCUACUCGGCUUGGACCCGCGGCGACAACUGCCGCGCGCAUCCCGCAGCCAUCGUCUGAGUGAAAAUGGAUAUGGCGGUGUCAGCUUACCGGGCAUAGCCCUACCGGCCCGGCCGCCGGCCGCCCCGGCUGCGCGCCCGCCCACCUACCCACGACAGGACAGUUUGCCAUCCGUACACGUGGCCAGCAACCGCUCGCCUCUGCAGCGCCGUCGUGGCUUGCGCAAUCUGGGCAACACCUGCUAUAUGAAUGCCUGCUUGCAAUGCCUCUAUCAUUUGCCAGCCUUUCGACAAAGCGUGCUUGCGGCAAGCCCCUUGGGUGAUCGUCACGGGCUUCUCCAAGCUGUGCAGCGCACCUUCGAGCAGCUAGGCACCCCAAACCCGCAGGCGGUAGCCCCGUUUGCUUUGCAGCACGCUGCUGCACGCGCGAAUGACAUGUUUGUGGGCUAUGAGCAACAUGAUGCUGAAGAGCUCUUGCGCACAAUCCUGUUUGCACUCCAUGAUGCCACCAAGACGCCAUCUGCCACACCACCUGCUGGCCAAGCCCCCGUGCCGGUGAUGGUUGGCUUUGAGCAGCUACUGCGACGCCAUCGACAGCUUGAGCCAGGCCCCAUGCUUCCCCAUUUUGAAGGCUGGACCCGCUCGACCGUCACGUGUCGUUCCUGUGGCCAUCGAUCUGCCACCUUUGAACCGUUUGUUGAUCUUUCUUUGGACUUGCCCGCCUUGGCAUCUCCGCCUACCACUGAGGCUUGUUUGGCCUGCUACACUCAGCCUGAGGAUUUGGCGGGCGAUCAUCGUAUUCUCUGCGAUGCUUGCCACAAGAACCAGCCAGUCACAAAGCAGGUGGCCUUGGAGCUCCUACCACCCAUCUUGAUUGUGCAUUUCAAGCGCUUUCAACACACAGGGCAUGUCAGCCGAAAAUUAACCACCCCGGUCACUCUGACAGGGUCUGAGCUGAAUCUGGCGCCCUUUUUAUCUGGCUCGUUGUUUGGAGGUCAUUACACGGCACAGUGCCUGGAUCUGCGCACCAAUGCUUGGUGUGACUUCAAUGAUGCCACCGCUCGACUAUGUACCGCUCCAGCCACGUGUGUGUGUGUGUGUGUGUGUCUAGUGUUCUUUCUCUCUUCGCUUGCUUGCUCUCUCACAUUCCCACUGUGUGUGUGUGUGGGUGUGUGUGCGUGCUUGCUCACGGCUGUGGCAGCGGCUGGAGGUGCGGCAGGCGCCGUUGCUACGGCUGCAAACACGAGCAAGGUGUCGCCACCGCCCCCGCUGGUGCCGCGGGAAGGGUUGGCACGGCUGAUCCUACUAAAGCCGAAGCUUCUCGAGCCGGCUGCUACCGCUGCCAGCUCCCCCGCACCGCUCACACAGCAGAUCCUGACCGUACCAGCGACAGAGCUCAUUACCGACAUUCACAAAGAGCUGACCAGCACAAAGGCGCUAUCUAGCAAGCCAGCCGUGGUCACCAAUGCCGUGGCCAGCUGCUGGGCUCUCGUCACGCACCACCAACUGUCUUUUGAGGACCUCGAGGCCAACCUUAACUCUGGCGUGUUAGACUGGAUGCUCCGAGAUGUCCAAGCCCCCGAAUCUCCACCAAAACCGGAUGCAACCAUCCUACUGCAAGCGUACUUUCCAGCCCUACUUCGCCUCGACGCUCAGGGUUCAAGCUCCAAUACUGCAGCCGAUGAAGAGCUGAUAUCCCAGGCGCUAGAGUGUAUGCUAUGCAAACCACCUCCCGUGGUCAAACUGUAUCCCAAGUCUUCACCGGAAACUGAAGCAAUCAAACCGGCUGCACGCAUGGCCCUGCGACUCGCGCGGCAUCAUCUUAAGACGCACAACGAUGGCAAAGCCCGACACGUGGCACAAGCCAUACUCCCACACAUUGCAAAGAGCGCUGAAGGCCUGUUGUCAUCGUUUCAAGCCAUUAUGCGGGCAACACGAGAAUCAACGGAUCACAAAUCGGCCGAGUCUCCACACGUCGCUGCCCACACCACACCCAAGCGAGCAAAACAAGAACAGCUCGGGCAGGCAACGACGAUGACGCGCCAGAAGGGCCACAAAUUGUUUGAACAACCCCCUAAAGCCGGCCAAAUGGCGCCCCCAAAGCUUGUCAAUGGCGUGGGCGAGCGCCUGCUCUCGACAAUCGACGCCCAGCUCUGUUGCAACACGCCACCACUCAGGCAUGUUGGAUCCAUGAACUUGCCUCACAUCCUUAGGACCAACAGAACGAAGCAGCUGGCCCAGGAGCUGUUCGACGCUCUUCUGCAGCCUGCAACGCUGUUUUGGGCUUUGGUGGUGGCGCAGUACGUCUGGCCUAUUCCCUUCAAGCAGCUAGUAGACCUCAUGGGUCAGGUGGCGGGUACACCGUUUAGCACAGCAAGCUUUGUGUUGGAAUUUCAGACCCACGGAGUUUUGCUACGGUCAGGCACACUAGCCGAGCUGGUCCUGCACCAGUUUCCAGCUCUGCAGCAUUUUGAGCCUGCAAUGAACAUAUCCUCGCUCAGAGACACAGAGCUACUGGGCAGUGAAAAUGCAGCCUCGACGGCAGCACUUUACGAGCUGGAGGGUAUUGCUCAACAGCUACAGAAUAUUCUACAGGCGCAGACCAUGUUUGAUUUUCAGUAG